UUACUCAAUAUCGUGAUGGCAUCUGGCGAGAAGCCCAACAUGAUGUGGACAAAGCUGGGCAUCGCAGCAAGAAUCAAAAUGGGUCGCAAGGGUGACAAGACUUUAGGCAAAGACAAGAACCAGUCAUCAUCAAGUCAAGAUGCCCAAGACGAGGAUUCCAACAAAACCCCAGAGCCAUACAACUGCUCCGGGCUGUUCCAGUCCGACUUUGCUGAGUUGUGUCAUAGGCAAGACAUGACAUUUGUCCCACAGAUAGUUCCACGCCCGCGGCCGCCGGCGCCAUCUCCCAGUCAGGUUGCGGAAGAGCCAGUGGAGCCUCCUCCCAAGACGUACACUGUGAAGGACAAGUUUGAGUACUUCAAGCCAUCGAUACAGGUGGAGAUGGACAACCCUGACAAGCUGGACACUGUCACUGAAAUAUACAUUCAUGGUUGGAAGGUUGACGAGUGUAUGAUGAACAUAUUCAAACAGUGCUGGCCGGCCAUGGAGAGGCUACAUACAAUCAAUUUGUGGCAGGUGGGACUGACCGGGGAGACUGUGGCCAUCUUGGCGUCCUUCAUGCCGCUCUGCAUGAAUCUGAAGAACCUGGUCCUGGAUGGCAACUGUAUACAGGAAGGUGAAGAGAACUGGCAUCUGUUGGUGGAUGAUGACAGCAGUGUUCAGCUUCUCUCACUCCAACAUUGUGCCGUCUCUGAUGAAGCUGCCGAGGGCAUUGGCAAGGCUCUGGGUACUGCCAAACGCUUCAACACAAAGCUCUUGUCUCUCAACCUGGCUGGCAACAGAAUCACAGAUGUUGGUGCGGAGCAUUUAGCAGGGGGACUUAGGAUGAACAGAACACUGCUGUCUCUCUCCCCUGGCCAACAACCAGAUCGGAGAUAA